UUUUUCCCACCCGGAUGAAAAACUGUGUCGACAACCAUGUUAGAUGGAAACUGUUAGUUGACUAACCUUUAACACAUGUUGUUGACGUGAAAUUUUCACAUAGGCUCUUUUGUUGACAUGACAUAUGUCACACAACUAUUUUUGGUGACAUGACACAUGUCGCUUCAUCAAUUAAUCACAUGUAAAAAUGUCAUGUCAGUAAUAUGUAUUGAUUGUUAAUAAAUUAAUUAUUUUCAUCCAACAUAGUAUGUUUUGAUAAAAAAAUUGAAACGUUUGGGACGCAAUAUGAUCAAAAAAAUAAGGGGCAAAUUGAUCAUUUGUGAAAAUAUUAGGGGGCAAUUGUAUCAUUAUAUUAAAAGAAAUAAAAACGAAAAUGACUACUAAAAUAAACGUUGAUGGACUAAUUUUGACAUUAUUCCAUAUUUGCUGAUCUCAUUUUUGCUUAUGUUGGGGAUCAGAAAACUGCCCAAAGUCAAAGUAAAUUCUACUGUAAUGACCGUGACCCACCACCACACACAUUCCCCCAUUUUCAUAAGAAUCCAAAAUUAAUGCUGUGGUUUUGCACCUCUUAAUGAACCCCCCCCCCCCAGUUCACCUUCGGACCUUCCCUUUACACCAUCUAACAGUUUGGUGCAGUAAAUGAGAAUAUAAAUGAGAAAACUCUAGUCCUUUCGUCAAAACCUUGAGAAAACUAAAAAGGUCAAGAAUCAUGAACGGGAGAAGUAGAAGAAGAGCAAGAGAAAGCAGCCCAGACAGGGCCAAAGUCUGUAUGCAACAGCAGCAAACAAAGGCAGUGAAACCCAUCAGAAAAGUUCAAGUCGUUUACUACUUAACCAGAAAUGGCCAGCUUGAGCAUCCUCAUUACAUGGAAGUGACCCAUUUGGUCAAUCAACCACUUCGUUUGAGAGAUGUAAUGGAAAGACUCACAGCUCUUAGAGGCAAAGGAAUGCCCUCUCUUUACUCUUGGUCCUGUAAAAGGACUUACAAGAAUGGUUAUGUAUGGAAUGAUUUAGCAGACAAUGAUGUAAUCCCUCCAUCUGAUGGAGCUGAAUAUGUUCUCAAAGGCUCAGAAUUGGUUGAUGGUUGCUCUGAGAGAUUACAGCAAAUUCAAAUCAGCAAAAUGGACCCCAAACUAAAGCCCUCAGCUUUUGCUUUGACUCGGCAAAGAGAACCCCAAGCAUCAACAUAUGAAGAAGAGCAAGAAUUUGAUGAUGAUGAAGAAGAAGAAUAUGAACUAGAUGAGGAGAAAACUUGCUACACAAGCUCAACAACAACUCCCCACUCUCGCUGCUCAAGAGGGGUUUCCACUGAUGAACUUGAAUACCAAGAAACCAAUACCCAAAAACCCAUCAUUGAGAAGCAAGACCAGACCAAAAACACUGCAUCCAAGCGGUUUGAAGAUGGCGACUCGGUUGCCAACGGCCGUAACUCGUCGGUGCUGCUUCAACUCAUCGCAUGUGGGAACUUAGCCGUUAACAAAGCCAAGAACAUACCGAAUAAUGUGGUGAAGAAGAGUGAAGAUCUGCAUAGAGUCGUUUGUAAAUCUGCAGUAAAGGUUAAUGAAGAUGAUCAGAUGAUAAGCUGCAUGUCUGAGAAUCCGAGGUUCGGGAAUUUGCAGGCAGAAGAGAAGGAGUACUUCAGUGGCAGCAUUGUUGAGUCAAUCAAGUCCGAGAACCGAGUUGUGGGUGAUGAGCCAUCGCUCAAAAGAUCCAAUUCAUAUGAUGAAGAAAGGAGCUGCAAGGCUGCACUGAGUGGAACAUUGGGAGAGGAGAAAAAGGACAAGGUGGUGAAAGGGAACUGUAUUCCCAGGAAGAAAUUACCAAAGCAAACCAGAAAAAGUUAGGGUUGACUAGAUUCAUACACUUUGUUGAUGCAGUAAUUAGUAGUAUUAACAGUUAGGGGAUGUUAUCAUUAUUAAGAACAAUGUUCUUCACUUUUCAAUGUGGUAUAUGUUCCAUUUCAAUA